AUGUCAUCGUCAGCAGUACAGUACAGCUCUAAACAGGAUCAGGAACAAGGUCUAUCUCUCACUGGUGUCAACUCCACAGUAGUUCGCCUUACAGCUGUUGAAGUGACAGCAAGGAUGUUGCAUGGAGAAACCCCAUCUGAUGCAAUGCAGGGUGGUUUCGAUGAUAUCCAGCAGGCGUAUCUGGAUACAGCGGAGCUCCCUGGGCCGGCCUCUGAGGAACGCGCGACGGCUGAAAAUGUCAUCACGAAGUUGCCUGUAUUUUCGUCGUCUGUUUCAAUAGUGGCGAAGACGAACGCAUCAAUAGCGACUGAGCUGGAAGAUUUUCUGCUCGGUCUCGAAAGAGAUGCUGUAGCUGAGAAAGUGUCCCGCGGAGGUAUCAUAAACAUUUCAAGUAGUGACGACUGUUUCGGCGUCUACAUGUCGUACAUUGAUGCGGACCUGCCUAUCUUCCCGGUCCUCUUUGAUCCGCUAUCGAGAGACAACCGACCAGCAGCGAGCUGUUUGUAUUUUGAUUCGAGUGUGGAUUUGGCGGCUUAUAUGGGAGAAGUAGUUAAAAAGUUAUCAGCAGCAAAUUUCAAUCCUGUGUACCCUGUGGAGUUGCUAACUUUGAGACCUGCUGAUACCGCCGGCUCGAAUUCGCAGUAUGUGGUGAGCUGCGAUGAUUUAAUAGAAGCUCUGGGGGAUCUCCCAGCAGAAGAGCUGCCAGAGUUCGAGCCUGUUAUUGAGGGAAACGAAAACAACCAAUUUUGUGGCUUUUGUGGUUUCGAUUGGCAAGGAGAAUUAUUGUCAUUGCGAAACAAAUUCUUCGGUGCUGGAGAGCAGUGGUUCGUAUAA